AUGGUAAAAACUAACAGGGAAUCCACGAAGCGUGAGACCCCGCGGUGUCUUCAGAGACGCCAGGUACCAUUUCCCAGCAUCCCUCGCGGAGCCCUGGGACAGGCCCAGAGGUCGGCAGCGGCGCCGCCCCGCGUACAGGUGGCGCAGGGAGAACCACGUUUCCCAGAAGACAUCGCGCGGGUCGGCGGCACUGAGCCAAUGAGAAGCUCGGUAGAGGGGCACUUCCGUGCGAGGAAAGGGCACUUCCGUGCGAGGAAAGAACACCUGGGCAGGUCUUCUGGCGUCGGCCUCGGGGCAAACUUUUCAUUGCUGGGCUCUGUCCACUGCAAGCUUCGUAGCCCUUGGUUGGCCAGAGGUAACAGGCAAGACACUCUUUCUCAUUUUCCUAAUUCUGAUUCCUCUGACUUCAAUGAAAAUCAGCAUCUAGAUAUUGAUGGAAUGGCUUCUGGAAAAUUAGAAACAGGGAUCAUUUUCCUUAUUCAGACUGGAGUUGGGAUACUGGGAAAUUCCUUUCUCCUUUGUUUUUAUAAUUUCAUGUGGCUCGCUGGAAACAGGUUGAGACUUACGGACCUGAUUCUCAACCAACUGGCCUUAGCCAGCUUCUUGGUCCUUUUCUCUAAAGGAAAACCUCAGACAAUGGCAGCUUUUGGAUUUAAAUAUUUCCUUGAUAAUACUUGAUGUAAGCGUAUCUUUUUUAAUCACAGAGUGGGCACAGGAGUUUCCUUCAGCACCAUCUGCCUCCUCAAUGGAUUCCAAGUGAUUAAGCUUGACCGCAGUAUAUGCAGGUGGCUGGAGCUCAAAAUUCGAUCCCAAAAGUUCAUUGGCUUCUGUUGUUUCCUCUGCUGGGCCUUGCAUCUCUUGAUAAAUACAAGUGUUCUUUUUCUUGUAAAUGGUCUGUUGGAUAGCAAAAACCUUAGUGUGAAAAACAGUUAUGAAGUCUGUUCCUGGGCAAUGCCAGAAAGAGUUGGCACUUUAUAUACAAUUAUAUAUACAAGUCCUGAAUGGUUGUGCCUAGGU